AUGGCGACAGAAACAAACAAACUUCUUUAUAGUUUUCUUCUCCUUCUGCUGGUUUCAUCAACCGCUUCUUUCUUCCUGGACAGACCCUUUGGCGAUGUCGAUCCGUGUGAAGAUGUCUGCCAGAAGACAUACCCAUCAAGUACAUACAAGAGUGUGUUUGGGGAGUCCUGCAGUAGAGGCUGUCGACUGUAUUCAAUCAUAGAACCGGUUGGGGAAGAGAAUGAUGUCAAUGAAACUCUAAGGUCAUGCUACGAGGAUUGCAAGAAUGCCUACCCUGGUGAGACAGAGGAUACCUCAUCUUGUAUCCUGGGUUGUCGCAGUCAGAAGUUAUUCACAGCUAGACACCAACAGCUGACAGACUUCAGUAUGCCAGACAUGGAGGUAUCACAUGCACUCUAUCCCCUGCUGUUUAUGCACAACAUGUACAGCAGUAUGGUGGACAAAAUGACAGACCAGAUGUGUGUGUCUUGGUCAUUUUUCGUGCGUGAUGAUCAGGGUCAUAUGAUGGUCAUCAGGUCCUUGCCACUGGCUCAGGACAUGGACGUGCAAGAUUUUGAUGAUUACAGUGCAUCCAGGGGAACAAGUUUAUUGUUGGAAACAAACAUAGAACCCUCAGGUAACACAGCAACAGAGGUACUGCGCCACUCACAGCUCAAGUCAGCUAGGAGUUUCAGUGAUGAAAUUAAUGCAGCUGAGGCUGACCCCUGGAAGCAAAAGUUGGACGACACAAAUGGCAGUGAUUGGUUGACCUGCAUUGCUCGUAAAACUGGCCUGCCUCGCUUGUUGCUGUGUGUCCUCAUUUUGUUGAGUGCUGUUGCCAUGAUCUGGUUGUGUAUGUCUGCGGCAGUGACUGCCCCAGAUCACAAGGUUUCACAGAAACUGAGCAUUCAUGGUGACCUGGAAUACUUGCGCUAUCUCCCGGACAAGAAAGGCAUCACCGGCAUACAUCCCCAGGAUUUUGUCCAAGCCCGGCCACUGCCUGUCAAGAUCCGUGUGGAGCAGAUCUAG